CCUUCCUAUAGAGAGUGAAAUUUUAUUCUGCAACUCAACGGUCUAACAACUUUUUACUUUUCACACACACUAUGAAUAACUGAUCUAUUUCUUAAACGCGAAAUGGUUAUAAUUAUAAUGACCGAACAAAGAACGUUGAAGCUAAGAAAGAACCUCAUUCUGCAAAAGAAAACAGUUGAAAGACAAUUUGAAAUGUAUUUUACCUGGUUCGCAUCUGUUGUUCUACUGGGAACUGUUUUUACCUACAUCAUCGUGUCGGAUUUAACGUUUACUCGACUUUUACCACGCCUAAUGGAGAGACGAACCCGUUCUGAUGGAAAGAGCCUUUCUGACUUUGUAUUAAUUUUUGCUCAGCCAAGAACAGGAUCUUCAUUUCUGGGACAGUUAUUCAACCAACAUCCUGAUGUAUUUUAUCUGUACGAACCUCUUCGCCCUUUUGCGGUGUUUAAAGAAUUGAAAUAUAUUGCGGAACGAAAUUACGCAACUCUCGCGCGAUCUUUCCUUCGAAAUGCUUCUAUCUGCAACUUAACUGGCUUUCAAGAAUAUUUCAAUUUCCUUUCUCAUCCAGGACUGUCAAAUACUCAUUUUAUUUUAUCGAGCAGAUCACUGGCGUCGUUAUCAUUGUGCCAUGAUGCUGAUCAAUCGUUUGAAAAUCUGUCCAAACCUUUAGGCAAAUGUUUUCCGUUAAACGCAAAGUUAGUGUCGCUUAGUUGCGCGUCGAAGAAGAUCGUUGCUGCAAAGAUUUUGACUCACCGCUUACCUGAGGAAACGUUAAUAUAUUUGGUCGAAGAUGAUUCUUUCAAAUUACGUAGAAUUCCACUUAAAAUUAUUCAGUUAGUGCGAGAUCCACGGGCGGUUGUUUGGUCCAUGAUAAAAAUGGGUUUAAUAUCACGAAGAACUAGUAACUACAACAAAACGACAGAAGUUAACAAAAAAGAACGAAACUCGACUUUUCGCUUACCAAGUGUAAACUUAAUCCCUGAUAUCAGUUUCAUUGAGCAAGUUCAACGUUUCUGUGAUCGACUGAAAAAGGAUAUGAACUUGUCGUUGUAUCUUUCGUCUAAACUUAGCCCAGAUCGGUACAGAGUAAUUCGUUACGAGGACUUUGCAGAGAACAUCCCAGAGUUUUCACGCAAAAUAUUUAAGUUCACGGGUAUUGAUUAUGCUGCAGAGGUGAAAGAAUGGCUGCGAAAUAUCCGAAAUUUCGAUGGAAAUGGACAUAGUAACAUUGAGGUUAGCUACUCUACAAGUAACAGAAAUACAACUGUCACCAUUAACUCUUGGAGGAGGGAGCUCUCACUGUUGGAAACGUUUAUCAUUGAUGACCAAUGCUCCGAUUUUAUGGUACAUUUUGGUUAUAAGUUUAUCGCCGAAAGCGCCGAUCUUCUCACAAAUAUAGCAAAAAGCCUAAGGAAUCCAUUACUAAAAAACUUUCAUACUAUGUAAGAUACACGUAGCUACAAACUGAAUGAACUAAAGCAAGUUUGUUGAUAUUCUGUGAAAGUAAAUUAUCCAACGUAGGAAUCUUUCUUAGAUCUUAAGAAAAAAGGAGGAAGGCGAACGUACAUUGAAGCAAAUACAAACUUUAUUCUUAAACUUUCAAACACAAUACUCUCGAAACUUUUUCAAUUCUCGAGGAGAUCCUUGUUUUAAUUUAUACCUUACAGAGGUCUCAUAAACCUCAUCUUUUAAAUAUUUAAAUAACUCUAAAAACAAUACUUGUUAUAAACGAAGAACACUUUCGAGUGCAACUGUGAGAUAUGGCUUUUCUACCAAGCUUACUACUGCACUGAUGUAUACGGAAAACGUAAACAAAUAUCGAUCUCGUAAAUCCAAAACAUAAACUUCACUUGAGUUGUAUAAUAUGGAGAGAUUUCGUUUGUCCUUCUGCGAGAUAAAAAAAAUGCGGCACGAAAAUUGGGCGUAGAGCAGUUUUCAAUUGAGCAUCGAAAGUGGUCCUGGAUUGCCUAGGUUUUGCUUUACUUCGCUCUGUGAUUGGUCCAGAAAACUCAUACUAUCUCUUCAACCAAUCAAAUGCAAAAUUACGAACAUUUGCUCGCGACUAGCUUGAUACGUCAUUGGCGUUUUCACGCGCUUCAAGCAGGUUGCCUAGUUUUACUUUGAGUUUUCGAUCUCAUUGGCUAAUGAUGGCGUCAUCUUUUGUUCUGAUUGGUAGUUGUGAUUACCUCGGUUCUGAUUUUUCGCAGGUUCGAUUACCAGCCGCUGUUCGGGAACCGGAGUCCGCGCUCGAAAAAGACUGGACUCGAGAUAGCGGCGGAAAUCGAGCCUAGAUUUUUUGACACUCAAAUUAAAACUGUCCUAUUAGCCUAUCUUCGACCCACUGGUAACCUUGCAAAACAAAAGUAAAAGAAGAACAACUGUCUGAUUAGAAAAACAUCAGAACCAAAACAGUCGAAUAGGAAGAAAAAAAUGUAAGGUGGUGCGCUGAAUUUCAGGAAUUCCAGCGGUCUUGUUGCAAGUUUGCUUCUUUGCGCUGGUAAGAAUCUUUAAAAGUCUUUGAGAACAAGUUAGUCUCAGUAGUUUUAUAACAAUUGUAAGUUUCAUCAACUUCCGUAGCUAACACCUCACUGAUGGAAGUUAAAAAUAAACUUACGGAGUUUAAUCUUUCGUAAAUAAAACGAAUAUUUUCUGGAGUAGCAGCUUGGUGUCAGAAAAGCGGACUCCUUUCAAACCUGUAUCUGGGCAGGCUGGAGAUUUAAGGCUUUCAGGCUACAGCAGAUUCCCCCAUUUGUUUGAAUAAAGAAGAGAUGAAUGGAAAUGUGUUUCUCGUGAAACAAUUUCUCA